AUGUCUGACGAAGAUGGGACUCAAGACACCCCACAAUUAUCGGAUAGCGACUCCAGCGAAAAUGAAUCCGAUGAAGAGCCUAUUGAAUCCCUUGUUGCCGGCCGUGAGCGAAGAAAGACAGCAGGCAACCGUUACGAUCGAGAAACCAUACUAGAAGAAGCCCCAGCAGAAGACGAUCCUGAUGAAGUUGCACUUUUAUUCGCCGACAAUGAAGACGAAGUGGACGAAGAAUUCAAGAGUGACGAUGGAGACGAUGAGGCUGAUAUGUCGUCCAGCGAUGACGAUGAUCAAGGUCCCAACGCUGCAGCAGAUGAUCUUGAGGGUGAGAAAGAGAUAGUGAAGCAGGCCAAGGACGAAAGAUCCAAAAAACGCAAGGCAGACCUAGCAUUGACCAGUGUUUCUGGCCUGCGCAAAAAGCUUAAGACAGAUCCCACGCAGCCAAAUCUACCGGCAGCCAAAUCGAAGCCUUCUAAGAAAAAGGAAAGAGUGACUUGGGUACAUGCGCAAGACUCGGGCCGAAGCUCUCUACGAAAACAAACCAUUGCCCACCGAGCAGAAACGAUUCAGCGGUUGAAGGAGAGUGAGGCACAGAGUAAGAAGUUGAAGGCAUUGAAGGAGAAAAGAGAUCGCGAACGAGCAGAAGAUGCACCAAAGGAAUUGACACAAGCCGAUCGUCUAGCUGAGGCAGCUAGGACUGAGAGGCAGAAUGCUAAAAGCCUGAACCGAUGGGAAGCAACAGAAAAGAAGAGACAAGAGGAACAAGCGGCAAAAUUGGCAGCGCUCAAGAAUCGUAAGCUGGAAGGUCCUGUGGUCAGUUGGUGGAGCGCAAAAGCCACAUGGAUUGGUCCUCGACUGAACAAGAUUGGUACGAAGGACGGAGGAGAUGUUCUGGAAGGAGGCAAUGAUACAGGUGGAACGAUAACGAAGAAGAAGCCUGGAAGGAAGACCAAGGCAGAACUCGAAAGACUAGCUGCUGAAAAGAACGCUGCAAACAACACAUCCGAAACAGUGCAGCCAGCUGGGAUGCCACUUCCACCAGGAGUGACCCAGCCAGAUGCCGAUCCAAAGAAGACAGAGAACAAUCUUCCACCCGUUGUGCUCCCAGAGACGAAGCCCGAAAGUGCAGGAUCUAGUCAGGAAAAUGCAGCGGACGGCUCUGCAACUGCCAGCGCGGUCCCAGAAACAAGGGAGAUGUCGACUGCAGCACAAACGGGUCCACCAACUAACGAUAAGAUUUCUGAGCCUCAGAAGACAGCAGACGCCCCGGAACCAGACCCAAUAACUAACUCCCCCACAGCACCAGCAGUCUCUCUUCUCCAGGGUAUCUUUGAGUACGCCUCCAUGGACGAAGGUGCGCCCAUACCUCUCAAGGGAUCGGUCGACGAAAAACGUCCCUCUGGUCCAACGAUGGCAGAACGAAAGGAUCCUGAUGUACCAAUGAUGGAUGAUGCGGCAGGUGAAUCCAUCAACACAACGGCGGGUGUUCCAGCGACCAGCCAAAUCACCCCGUCGAAUGUCGAACCACAUCCGCAAAAGAAUGCGAUUCCGAACACAGCUGUGACAGCCCAGGUGCCACCACCUGCGCCACCAGUACCUCUGCCAGCACCAGCACCAGAAGCCGAAGGAGUUCGCCCAGACGAUGCCGUCCAUUCAAAGGAUGUGGUGAAGACCACACAACUAUCGGCACCAUCAGGAGCAUCAACAUCAUCAUCAUCAAUACCACCAACGCCGACGGUAAUCGGCAGCGAUGUUGUCAAAAGCGAGCCAUUGGAGCAGCCACCUCUAGAGGCAAAGACCAGUGAGGUUCUGCCCGAACCUGUGGUUGGAUAUUCUACUCGAAACCUCGUCAUAUUGGAAAAGUUCGAUGGGCUGAGCAGUCAAGCGCGACAGGAUUAUUCAUUAUUCUACAAUCAGCGGAAACUCGGAAAAACAGUGAAGUCACUCAAACAUAGUCAAGAUCUAUGUCCUAUCACUGCUCUACCGGUCCGAUAUCGUGAUCCAGCUACUGGUAUUGGGUUUGCAACGGCGGCAGCCUACAAGAAACUCCAGGAGCUGAAGGAUUAUGGCUUUGCCUGGAGUGGUAUGCUGGGGUGUUAUGUCGGUCGCAAUGGGGCAGUUGCAGCACGAGGAGUCCCAGAUGGCUUUCUUCAGGAGACUCAGACUCAGACAUGA